UCAACCCCCUUUUUUGGUUCGAUUCAGUUGCAAAAGAAAAAAGUUUUUGAUUUCGUCGCAAAAGCGGAAAACAGCAAUAACAAAUAUUCUAGGAAAAGGAAAACAAGCUGGUGGAGAAGAUUCUUUUUCGAGGAUGAAGGAAAUUGGCUUGGUCUCAAGGACGAUGAUAUGGUGGAGGAAGGUGGGGAUGUGUUGUCAGACUCGGAGGAGGAUUUGUCAGGGGGAGGAAGUUUUGAGUCAUGGAAGAGGAGGGCUGAGGCAAUAGUAGAGUUGAGGGAAGCGCAAGGUAUGAGAAAUGAGGAGAGCAGAAGAUGGGAGGAUUGGGUUGUGGUUGUUGAUGGGAAUGAAGAUAGGGAUGAUAACAUGCUUGGUUCUGCAAAUGACUGGGAUGAUAAUGGGACCGGCGGUGGCGCUGGUCCUGGCCUUGGCCUUGGCGUUGGGGAGGAAAAGGAAAAGGGAUUGGUUCAGUCUAUCAGAGAUUUGGUUCUUGGGAGUGACGAUGAGGAUAUCUUGUACGAGGAUCGUGUUUUUCGGUAUGCCUCCUUCAAUUCGGCUAAGUUUUUGGCAACGCUGUUAGUUAUACCUUUGGCCUUGGAUUUUGUGGUUCAUGACUAUGUGCUUAUGCCAUUUUUGGACAGAUAUGUGAAGAUUGUGCCAUUGGCAGCAGAGAUUCUCGAUGUAAGAAGAAGUCAAAAGCUUGAAAUGGUUAAGCAACUACAAGUUGAAAAAGCAAGAUUCCGUUUUGAGGUGGAGAUAGGUAAGUCUCCACCACUUUCGGAUGAAGAACUUUGGUGGGAAUUGCGACAUAAAGCGUUAGAGUUGCGAGAUGAGUUCAGAUUAGAGAACCGUAGAGCAUUUGCCAACAUAUGGUCAGAUAUGGUAUUUGGCAUUUCACUGUUCCUUAUCUUACAGCUCAAUCAAAGUAAGGUAGCUUUGCUGAAAUUUGCAGGUUACAAAAUAAUAAGUAAUAUUUCAGAUACUGGAAAGGCAUUCCUCAUUAUACUGAUUACAGACAUUUUUUUAGGUUAUCAUUCUGAAUCGGGUUGGCAGACUUUGCUAGAGAUAAUUGUCGAGCAUUAUGGACUCCAAGUUGAUCAAUCUGCUAUAACGAUUUUUGUCUGCCUGAUUCCUGUUGUUAUUGAUGCAUGUGUGAAGCUGUGGAUGUUCAAGUUUCUUCCCAGGUUAUCCCCAAGAGUUUCAAAUAUAUUCCGGGAAAUGAAACGCCACUAGUGAUUCUUGUAAUCUGGAGGGUUUUCCUCAUGAUUUGCGGGAAUAUUAAACAAAGUAAGAUUGUAAAAUGUUUUUUUUUUCC